AUGAAGGGAGUUGGGCAGGGUUUUGAGAGAACUAGUUUGGUGAUUGAGAUUCAAGGAAGAAGAUUGGUUCAUAUUCUCGCCUCACGAUCCAGGAAGAUCCGUUCAGUGAGAAUCACCGGUUUCGGAUCUUCAUCGGAGCUUCUAGAAUCAACGGGAAGAAGACUCGCCGAUUUCGCGAGUUCGCUCGGACUUCCAUUUGAGUUUCAUCCGGUGGAAGGUGAAAUCGGAAGCGUAACAGAACCGAGUCAACUCGGUGUUGGACCAAACGAAGCCAUCGUGGUUCACUGGAUGCACCAUUGCUUGUACGACAUAACCGGAAGCGAUUUAGGGACGUCGAGAUUGCUGAAUCAGCUUAGGCCAAAGCUAAUCACGACCGUUGAGCAGGAUCUCAGCCACGCUGGUAGCUUCCUGGCGAGGUUUGUGGAGGCUUUGCAUUAUUACAGCGCGUUGUUCGACGCGCUGGGGGAUGGUUUGGGUGCGGACAGUGUGGAGAGGCAUAUGGUGGAGCAGCAGCUGUUGGGUGAGUGCAGUAGUUAG